AUGUCUGUGUCUGCUCAGGGCUCCUUCAAGGUAGCCAUCUUCCGCCUCACCAACACCCUCAAGGUAAGAUGUUGUUGUGAUGAAUACCCUGCUCACCCUUUAUGUAUCAAGGCAUUUUAUUUCCCUAAUAGCAACUCAAACUACUAAAAGUUAUUGUAUGUUAUCAUGUUUACUGUUCUUUAUUUUUUCACAAUAAAACAUAUCUAGGCCCACACCCUGCCUGUCAGCUUCCUGGCUCUUCACCGAAGCAAACUAGUGGUUGCCUCAGCUAGUGACGAGCAGCUCUGGAGGCUUCCUGAAGGAGCGCUAAUUGCUACAGGCCAGGGGCACAGCGACUGGCUCUCUGGGGAUAGCCUUCACCCUGACGGGGCUAAGCUGGGGGCCACCAGCGUCCAGAUAUGGGACCUUUCUGAGGGCUGCUGUGACUACACGGCCACCCCGGUUCUCUCAACAGUGUAGAGUUUCCCCCCUUUUACACUACCCUGCUCACCUCCUUGGCUGAAAAGACCCUGUCCCUGUGGGACACCCGGACCGCCGUUUGCCCAGACAAUCUACGGCCACCGCAGCGCCAUCAACCACGCCUCACUCAGCCCCACUGGUGACCUCAUCGCGUCCUGCGAUUCCCGUGGCGCUGUCAUGCUGUGGGACUUCAGGAGUGCAGCAGACGUGUUCACUGUGGAGACGGGGCCGCAGCCUAGCAACCGGAUGGCUUUCAGCCCGUCGGGCCGGACGCUGGCAGUUGCUGGGGACGAGGUGAGAGUGGUGGAUUGGGCGUACUCGCAAGUGGCGUGUGUGCUGAAUCACGAGGACCUGGCGCAGCGUUGUUUUUGA